AGAGAGAGAGAGAGAGAGAGAGAGAGAGAGAGAGCACACUGGUCCCGUUUCCCUCUCAUGUCAGACCACAACACCCAGUCAGAGGAUAUGCCGCAGGUGGACAGACCCAUUGAGCAAUAGGAGCAGAACAGACGUGACACCCGGUCCCUACUGGACCCUCUCCUCACAGUGCAGUCCUCCCUGACCCCCGGGUCCCACUGGGCCCCUCUCUGGGCGGGACAUGGAGCUGAGGACCAUUUCCCUGGGCACACGCAGAAGGGCCAGCUCUGCCUUCACUGACCCUCUGUACGAUAACUGCCUGUCCCACUCAGAGUGCAGCGACCCCGGGGUAACCAGAGCUCUCCCUCCCCCGGGUGCAGUCCUUCCUCCUGCAGUUCCCACGCUUGGAGGGAGAGAGGAUGGCCGUGUUCCAGGCAGCCCAGGAAGCAGUGGAUGGGCCCUGGGAAGAAAGGGCUGGCUGGAGCCCGCUGGGGACCAUGACACUGUGAGCUGUAGCAGCACACACGAGAGCAUCCGCUCCAUCUACGACAACCUUGAGAUGCCCAGGAGCCCGACAGAGAACGACCUUGACAAGGACCGCAGUGAGUUGGAAUCAGAGGGGCUUCUUGAGCACAAGGACUGGAUGGACUUCAUGGAGAGGACAGACAACAGAUGGAUGUCCUCUUAUGAGAGUCAAGAGGACAGGAGCCGAGGAACAAACACUAAGCCCAAUAAGAGACAUGGUGGCAAGCCAGACCCCUUCCUUUUCACUGCUGUGGAGUCCAAGCCAAAGGUAUUAAAGGUUCCACACCCUUUCUCCAAUAGACAACCUCAGGCGAAACCUUUCAUCAGAGAUGUUGGAGGAGAAGUCUACCUUCACGGGACUAGGGGCCGCCCCACCGCCAGCUCUCUGAAUCUGCCUCUGAUCCCUACCCCUUACCCGUCUUCCUGCCCCGCCACGGUUCCACCGCACACCAGCCCACCUGUGGUCCACGCAGCCCAGCAGUCUGGCCAGUCUUCCAAUCCAAUGACCGUGCUUCUCACCAGCAUCAAGCUGCAGAUCGCCCAACAGAAGGAGGAGUAUGAAACCGAAAUUAGAAGGCUUGAGCAGCGUAACGAAGCUCUGGAGGCCCAGGUGCUGGGGCUGAGGGCCAACCUGGAGCAGCAGCGCCGCUGGUACAGCGCAGUGGAGAUGCGCCUGUGUGAAGGGGAGCGGGCCCGGGCCGACGCGGACCGCCGCAACGCAGAGCUCCAGAGCCAGAUGGAGCAGUUCUUUGAUGCGUUCGGCGAGCUCACCAAUGAGGCCAAGAAGACGGAACGCAUCGUGCAGGGAUUUUGAGACAUGAGUGACACCCAGAGAAUACUACUCUGAUACACACUGGGCAUAGGUUGAGAACAGUUCUACACCCAGAGAAUACUACUCUGUAACAGUUCUACACCUCAGGAAAACAGUGAUUUCGCUUUGAGUGGUAUGAAAAUGGUAAUGCCCAGAUAUAGGUUUUUAGGUCUGUUCAGAUCAGGGUUUCCUUUGGUACCAGUGAAACCAGGGUAUCUAUCACAUGUGCAUUCUUUGGGUGCGAUAAACAGGUAAUAUGGGAUCAAUAUCCUGUUAAAAAGUCAUCUUCUCAGUUCAGACCUACCUAUGUGUCAAAUGUCAAUUAAAAGUAAGUCAUAAAUGAAGAGCAACUCUUCAAGGUUCAACUCUUAUUCAUUUAACAAUAAUUCAUUCAUCUCCACCUGCACUAAGGGAGGCUGUGAAAACCUUCAUAAGACCAUACUGACAGUUACUCUUAACUCCAUGGAAAACCUUCAUAAGACCAUACUGACAGUUACUCUUAACUCCAUGGAAAACCUUCAUAAGACCAUACUGACAGUUACUCUUAACUCCAUGGAAAACCUUCAUAAGGCCAUACUGACAGUUACUCUUAACUCCAUGGAAAAGUAAAGGAAAAAAUAUCUAUCCAAAAUGAAGUACUGCUAUUGAAUUAAAUAAAUAAAAUGUAAUUGAAAGUAGUGUUGAAAUUUCAUAUUGAAUUAAAUAGACAAAUUUAGUUGAAUUGUCACCAUACAAGACAAAAAUGAGAUCAGAAGUGUUCCACUCUCUAAGCUCAACAUUAUUUAAAACCUAUAAUUAUAAUCUUGUAGUUCUGAAGCUUUGAUUACAAGUCUGUGUCAACAUCCUUAUGCAGUAUAUGUAUCAUGCAUAACUAACCUUCACAAGUACCUCAUGUUUUUGGGCAUUUAAGUUUGGCUUCACAUUUAAUUCCCUUGUAUGUAAUGGUUUACAUUCGCAAUAUUAUCAAUAGCAUGUAGCUAUAAGCUAUAUUAACCAUAACCGUAACUCUAGCAGCCUCAUACAAACUGCUUACUCAUAGUAAUUUAUGACCACAGAAUGCCAUGAGUUAAUAACCAUCUUGUUUUUCUUUUGAGGUAGGUGUGAGUUACAAAAGAGCUAUAUAUUUACAUUUACAUUUACAUUUACAAAAGAGCUAUAUACCAUAUUAUUAUGUGGUAAAAUACCAAUAAAAAGUCUUACCAGCUCA